AUGUUUUCGGGCGGCUUACUUACCUCUGGUGACGGAGAUUAUGUUAUCACUUGCGUUUUGGUAGACACCCGACUGCCUCCGGUGCGGACUGAUCAUCCACCUCGUUGGUGCCCGGCAUAUGGAUGUGUCCAACCUUUGACAUGUAUGGAAAAUAGUUUGGGUGGCCUUUGGAACCUCGGCAUGGACCAUUUCUCGGCGCCGAACGGAGGCUCGAGUGUCAGUCGCGGUUUCGUGCAGUGGUCGGUGCCUUGUAGUAGGAUUCGGACGGGCUUAUGA